AUGACCAUGGAAUUACGGCGUUCAAUGACCUGCAACGACUCAUCGUUGGAAAAUAAAAUGGUCAUUGAGCAGGAGGAGCUUCGGGCACCCACAGCGGCAGAGAUGGGUUUUGACAAAGAGCCCUUUCGAUUGGGUUCACUGGCCAUAGUGGUACUUGGAGCAACGGGGGAUCUUGCCAAAAAGGAGACCUUCCCUGCGCUGUUGGAUUUACUGGCUCAUGAAUAUCUACCACCUCAGGUGGUCAUUUUUGGUGUGGGGCGCACCAAGCAAGACACCGGGACUUUUCGCGAGUGGCUUCAGCCGUGGCUCGUCAAGUCCUUUGCUGGACAAAUGAAACGUUGCAAGGAAGCAAUGCCAAACUUUUUGAAGAGGCUCACAUACUUUUCUGCAAACUAUGAUAGCCAAGAAGACUUUGCUCGCCUGGCCUUGACUUUGGAGGCUGAAGAGACCCAAAUGUUCCUAGAGGCCAGUGGCAAGGCAGAGGUACCAUCGGAAGCAAACCGAGUGUUUUACUUUGCCAUUCCACCUUUCGCCUUUUUGGCAGCAGCAUCUUCCAUCAAGGCCACCUGCUUGUCUAGCUCAGGGUUCAAUCGCCUGAUCAUUGAGAAGCCCUUCGGACAUGAUUUGAGCUCAGCGAAGUCCUUGGCCAAAGACCUUGGGGCUUUGUAUGAAGAGAAGCACCUGCUGCGGAUGGACCACUUCCUGGGCUAUGAGAUCUGCCAGAACAUUCUUUCCGUUCGCUUUGGCAAUGCCUUCCUGGAGCCACUUAUGAACAAUCAACAUGUGGCAGCAGUACGCAUCACCCUCAAAGAGGACUUCGGAACGGAAGGACGAGGUGGCUAUUUCACCCAUUAUGGCAUCAUCAGAGAUGUGAUUCAAAACCACUUGCUGCAAAUGCUUACCUUGGUGGCCAUGGAAAAGCCUUGCAAUGUGGGAGGAGACGUUCGUGAUGCAAAGGUGGCUGUGUUGAAGGCUAUGAUGGACAUUGACCCAGAGGAAGUGGUUCUUGGUCAAUUCACCUCAGGGAACGGCAAGCCUGGUUAUCUUGAAGAUGACUCCAUAGCAGAGAAAGACCGUGAGAAGGCCAAGCACUGUGCCACCUUUGCCCAACUGGUCAUCCGAAUUGACAAUGAUCGCUGGUGGGGUGUCCCGUUCAUUGUUCGAGCGGGAAAGGGCUUGGAAGAGAGCAAGUGUGAGGUGAGAAUUCAGUUCAAGGAACGCCAUAGAGAUCCAAGACUCUUCCCGGAAGCUUGUCCUCCAAGGAAUGAAUUGGUGAUGCGAGUCUCUCCUCAUGAAGCAAUCUAUUUGAAGUUCAACAUGAAAACACCCGGUCUUUCUACCUCAGUAACUACCACCGAGUUGGAUCUAUCCUACAACCACCGCUACGAAGAGGUCUACCGGCCUUUGGCAUACACGCGCUUGAUCUUGGCAGGUGUGCGGGGUGAGCAUGAAAGCUUCGUCAGAGACGACGAACUCAUUCGGGCAUGGGAGCUUUUCUCGCCCUUGCUCGAAAAGAUCGAGGACGGCAAGAAGGAGGUUUUGAAAUAUCCAUUCGGCAGUCGUGGCCCCGCGGCGCCAAUGCCCUUCUCUGCCUCUGGUAUGGAUCCAAGUCGCCGGAAGGCGCUUUUGAUUGGUGUGAACUACUUUGGCACCCGUGCAGAACUGCGUGGAUGCAUUAACGACGUUCACAACCUUUACAGAUUGCUGACAGAGACGUAUGGAUGGCCCGGCCAUUGCAUCAAGACACUGACUGACGAUGGUCGAGGAAAUGGUGGCAUGCCUACGCGCCAAAACAUUGGCCAGCACAUGAGCUGGUUGUCUGAUGGUGCUCAGCCAGGAGAUGUUCUCUUCUUCAGCUUCUCUGGCCAUGGUGCGCAGAAAGAAGAUCCUCAUGGCUACGAGGAGGAUGGCAUGAAUGAGACGAUUCUCCCGGUGGACUUUGAAAGAGCGCCAUGUCUGACCGAUGAUGAAAUUAGCGACAUCAUAGUGAAGCGGUUGCCAGAAGGGGUGAGGCUUACUGGAGUCAUGGACUGCUGUCACAGCGGCACUGGCCUGGAUCUUCCCUUCACGUGGGAUAUGAGACGAGGCAUGUGGCGAGAAGAAGUCAAUCCGUUUCACUCCAUGGGCGAUGUUUUGAUGUUCAGUGGUUGUGAAGAUGAUGACACAUCCUCAGAUGCCGCCGGCAUGUAUGCCGCACCUGGCGGGGCUAUGACGACUGCAUUUUGUGAUGUGCUCCGAAGAAACCCACGCCCGAUUUAUCCUCAGCUUCUGCAGCUGCUGCAUCAACAUCUAAACAGGGGAGGCUUCUCCCAGCGGCCGGUUCUGAGCUCCACACAACAGUGGCUGGUCUGA